AAUGGAAAGAGUGGAAGGGACAGGACAGACUCAGCUUUGUGGUUACCUUGGAUACCAAGGACGCGACUUGUUUGGAGAGAGUGGAGUUUGGGAGUGUGACCCCAGAGACCAAAACCCACAGAGAAAAAUAAGAGUCUAAAUAACGAUCAGGACCAAGAGAAAGGGUGUUAUGGUAAAUUAGGAGAAUUGUGAAAAAUGGAAGACGAUAGCACAGACCCAGAAAAAGAAAAUGAAGAUGACAAUGAGGAAGCAGCAGAAACAGAAGAGGAGGAAUAUGAAAAGGACCAGAAGGAGCACCCUUCUGUCAUAAUGCCCACAAUUAAUAUUCGAGAGGAGCGGCUUGUCAAUUUAGCUGAAACACCAGCUUUCCGCUGUCUGAAUGAGUUGCAUUCUAUGGGAAAGCUUCCUGGAACCAGAAUGGCAGAGUUGAAAGCCAAGUACACCUUGCUGCACGACACGGUGGUGAGCACACAAGAGUCAGAGGUGCAGCUGCUGCAGAAUGCCAAGAACUUCACGGAGCAGAUCCAGCAGCAACUGGUCCGCCUGCAGCAAGCAGAUGACUUCCCCAACGUCUUCUCCACUGAGGUCUGCAAACUGAGGGAGCAACUGCUCAAGUACCAGAAUGAAUAUGCCGCAGUGCAAGAAAGGGAGUACCACAACCAGUACAGGCUGAACAGCUUAACGGAAGAAAAGAUUCUCAUACUAAAGGAAUUUGAAAAGAUACCUAAGCCAGGGGAAAUGGAGAAGAAGAUGAAAAUCUUGAGAGAAAGCACUGAAGAGCUGCGCAAGGAAGUGAUACAGAAGAGACUGGAAAUCAAAAUCCUGCGGGAAGACGUGAUGUCCAAGCAGAAACAGCUUCUAAAGGAGCAGAAGGAGCUGGACGAGCUGAACGAAUGCCAGGUUGGGCUGAAGGAUGACGUGGUCCACCAUCAAAGUAUUCCCGUACAAAUUACAAAGGAGAUAGAAAAAAUGACACGCAAAAAAAUAGAAAUGGAAAAGAAAAAUAUCAUCUUGGAACAAGAAGUCAAAGAGCUGAAUGAGUCUUUAAAGAAGCUUGAAAACAAAGUCAAUGCUCUCGUGGAAGAGAAGGAUGACGUCAUGAAGGAAGUUGAGGGCAAGCGAGCCUUACUGGAAGUCAAAGAACGAGAAUAUAACCAACUACUUAAGCUGCUGGAGUUAACCAAAGAGAACGAAGCUUCCUCACUAGCAGAAAGAGGGAUCUUGGAUCUCAACCUACGAAACUGCCUCAUUGACAAGCAGAACUACCAUGAUGAACUUUCUCGUAAGCAAAGGGAAAAAGAACGAGAUUUUCGGAACCUGAAGAAGACAGAGCUGCUCCUGAAGGUGUCCUUGGAUGCGCUCACUCAGACACAAGCCCUGAAUCAAAGACUUCUACUUGAGAUCGAAGCUAUCCCUAAAGAUGAUCUUCUGCUGCCUGAGAGAAGGAGAGACCUCCACAGGGAAGUGGAAUUAGCUAAGAGGAAUCUGAUUCAGCAGAAAACCCUAUCCGAAGCUGAGGCAAGGCUGGUGGAACAGCAGAUUGCAGACGAGAACAAGCUCUUGAAGGAGCAAGAGAGUAUGCGAGACCUGGUAUUCAACCUGGGGCGAAUGACUCAGAUCAAGAUUGAUGAACGAGAACAAAAGUCUAAGGAUUUCCUGAAAGCCCAGCAAAAACAUUCCAAUGUCAUUAAGGAAAUCAAAGCAAAGGACCUUGAAAUCAGACUAUACAAGAAGAAAAAAUAUGAAAUUCAUCGGAGACUCAAAGAAUUUGCCAAGCUGUAUGACACAAUUAGAAAUGAAAGAAAUAAGUUUGUUAACCUCCUUCACAAAGCUCAUCAGAAAGUGAAUGAAAUAAAAGAAAGACACAAAAUGUCACUAAAUGAACUGGAAAUUUUAAGGAACAGUGCUGUCUCUCUAGAAAGAAAGCUGCAAAACGCCAUGCUGAAGCAUUCCAACAAUGUGACCAUCAGGGAGAGCAUGCAGAAUGACGUGUGCAAAAUCACCACUAAACUUCAGGAAAUGAAGGAGAAGAAGGAGGCCCAGCUGAACAGCAUGGACAGGCUGGCCAGCAUGAUCACCAUGAUUGAAGAGGAGAUGGUGCAGCUGCGCAAAAAGUAUGAGAAGGCCGUGCAGCGUCGGAACGAAAGGUACGGAUCGCCAAUGGCUUGGGCUGUGCAAAAAAAAAAGUAUGGGAAGGCCGUGCAGUGUCGGAACGAAAGUGGUGUUCAGCUGAUAGAGCGUGAGGAAGAAGUGUGCAUUUUUUAUGAAAAAAUAAAUAUCCAAGAGAAGAUGAAACUUCAUGGGGAUGUGGAAAUCCACAUCCUGGACGAAAAAAUCCGAUUCCUGAGACUGAAGAUUGCCGAGAAGCAAAGGCAGAUUUGUGUGACACAGAAAUUACUGCCGACCAAGAGGGCCCUUGAUGCUGACCUGGCCGUGCUCCAGAUCCAGUUUUCCCAGUGUGCAGAUAAAAUCAAAGACCUGGAGAAACGGUUUGUAAAUCCUGACAGUGAGGGCAGAAUCCGCUUCAUUCCGGGGAAAGACCCGACUGAAAAAGAAAUGAUCAAGAAAUUAGACAUGCUGGAACUUCAGCUGGCCAAGAAGGAGGAGAAGUUACUGGAGAAGGAUUUCAUCUAUGAGCAGGUGUCCCAGCUCACAAACAGACUCAGAGGCAAAACACAAUCUUGCAAGGAGGACACGCUGCUCUUAGCCAAGAAGAUGAAUGGAUACCAAAAAAGGAUCAAAGACGCUACUGAGAAAAUGAUGGCUCUUGUUGCUGAGUUGUCCAUGACACAAGCCCUGACCAUUGAACUCCAAAAGGAGGUGAGAGAGAAAGAAGAAUUCAUCUUCUCCUGCAGUUCCAGGAUAGAGAAGGGCCUGCCACUCAACAGAGAGAUCGAGAAGGACUGGCUGAAGGUGCUUCGAGAUGAAGAAAUGUAUGCCUUUGCCACCGCCGAGAAAUCUCGGGAGUACAUGGAAACAGAUUACCGGCAGCUGCCCAAUGGGGUUCACACAACUGCAGAGCAGCGUCCCAAUGCCUACAUGCCUGAAGCAGAAACCACGCUUCCUCUGCCCAAACCAUACGGUGCGCUGGCUCCAUUUAAGCCCUCUGAAACUGGAGCCAACAGGAGGCACAUAAGGAAACCUGCUGUAAAGCCCAUUGAAAUCUAAACAUGG